AAUCCUGGACUAGAUAAUCCCUCCCUGGCCCAAAAAGAUUCUCCUUUAUAUUCAGAUAGAUUUGAUGGGCAUGUGAUACAGUAUGAUUUUGAAAUGAUUCUGGUACGCUGUCAUGUUUACGGCAAAAGGGAUUACACAGCCCUUGAUUGAAUUUUUUCCUCUGUUAUUUGGGUGGCACAUGGUCAGAGGUACUCUCAUUAACCCGAAUUAAUGUGAUAGUAUCUUCUUGACAAAGUUCCAUCACUAAUGAGACACACAUGCUGCUAUUAGUUUCCCAUCAAUGGAAUAUAUAAAAGAGGAAGAAAAGAAAAAAGUAUCAGACAAAAGCAUACAGUCAUCUUCAGAUCCACCAGAAAAAGCAGGAAAAUGAUGGUGACAGGGAUAUUUUUGUGUGUUUUGUUGCUUGCUCUGCUGAUUCUCUUCUUCCUGAAAGAACUCUGGUCCCGAAGACAUUUGCCUCCUGGUCCUUUGGCUCUGCCUCUGAUUGGAUCUGUCUUGGCAAGUGGGCUUUGGCUCCGUGAAGAUUACUUCCUUAAGCCUGCAAAACAAUAUGGAAAUAUAUACUCCAUGUGGCUUGGACAUCGCUUUGUAGUAGUGCUGUCUGGAUUCAAAACUGUGAAAGAAACAAUGACCAGCUUCCCAGAAGAAUUCUCUGGUCGAUCAGAUGAUGCUUUCUUCACUGCUUUAGGGAAAGAAAGGGGAAUUAUUUUCUCCAAUGGCCACACCUGGAAACAGCAGCGACACAUUGGCAUCACUUCUCUGCGGAAGCUGGGCCUGGGCAAGAAAAGCAUUGAGCAUCAAAUAGAAGACGCAGCUCAGACAUUGGUGGAGAUCUUUAGAGAAACAAAAGGACAGCCCUUUGACCCUUCAAUUCCAGUAAUAAAUGCAGUUUCUAAUGUCAUAUGUGCUUUGAGUUUUGGGCAUCAGUUUGCCCCUGAAGAUGAAAACUUCCAGAAAUUAAUUCAAGCCCUUCAAAAUAUUGUGAAAUUCAGUGGUCGCUUUUUUCAUUUGAUGUUUAUUAUGUUCCCAAGAUUAAUGAACUACCUCCCAGGCCCUCACAAGGAGGCCUUGGCUUCUGCAGAGACAAUCCAUUCCUUUGCCAAGCAAGAAAUAAAAAAACACAAGGAAUCCAGUGCUCUGCAUGAGCCUCAAGAUUUCAUUGAUCACUACCUUCUACAGAUGGAGAAG